AUGUCGGACGAGAAGCCCCCGCAGCUGGUGGACUACUUCGUGGUGGCCGGACUGGCCCCCCCCCGGCCGCUGGAGGAGGAGAACCAGCAGCACCGCCCGGCCCGCCCCAGCGAACCCAUCACUGACGUGGCCGUCAUCAUCCGCUCGCAGGGCGAGGAGGUGCCCCACGGCUUCACCUGCAUUGAGACCACCACCUCGGGCCACCCCGUUGACCUCAACGCCGGGCUGCUCAACAACCCCCAGAUGUUCAUAUGCUACAAGCGGGGCCGGGACAAGCCCCCCCUCAUCGAGCUGGGGGUGCACUAUGAGGGCAAGGACCGCCCGAAGCCGGGCUAUAAGAUCCUGGACACGACGCCCUACAGCCGCUCGGCCAACCUCAAUUCGGGGGGGCCGGGACAUCAGCGCACCUUCCUGACGUACCGGCGGGCGGCCGAGCCCCACGGCCACAACACGCUGGGGGUCACCGACAUCUGCCUCGUCAUGCCCAGCAAGGGCGAGAGCACGCCCCACACCUUCUGCCGGGUGGACAAGAACCUCAACACCAGCAUGUGGGGCCCUGCCCUGUUCCUGUGCUACAAGAUCGCCAUGGCCAAGGCCAACACGCUGGUCUACGAAGCGGGGCUGCUGGGACGUUACCCCGAGCAGGACAGCGAGUCCUUCCCCCUGCCUGAAUCAGUGCCCGUCUUCUGCCUGCCCAUGGGGGCCACCAUUGAGAGCUGGCCGGCCGACACCAAGUACCCACUGCCCGUCUUCUCCACCUUCGUGCUGACCGGCGCCUCGGGCGACAAGGUUUACGGGGCAGCCAUCCAGUUCCACGAGGCGUUUCCCCGGGAACGGCUGUCGGAGAAGCAAAGCCUGCGCCUGGGGCUGCUGAGUGUGGUGGACCGACGGCCCGUGGCCGGCCGCUCGCUGCAGACCCGCAAGAGCAUCUGCGUCCUCUCCCACUGGCCCUUCUUCGACGUCUUCCGCAAGUUCCUCAUGUUUAUCUACCGCUACUCCAUCUCGGGGCCCCACGUGCUGCCCCUCGAGACGCACAUCUCCCACUUCAUGCACAACGUCCCCUUCCCGUCCCCGCAGCGGCCGCGCAUCCUGGUCCAGAUGUCCCCGUAUGACAACCUGCUGCUGUGCCGGCCCGUGUCCUCCCCGCUGCCGCUCAGCGGCGCCAGCUUCCUGACGCUGCUGCCGGACCUGGGCCCCGACAAAGCGGCGCGGGAGGCGCGGGCGGCUUUCCUGCGCUUCAUGGCCUGCGUCCUGCGGGGUUACCGCUCCUUCCUGUGCCCCAUCGCCCUGGCGCCCGCCCCGGCCGGCCGCGACGCCGGCAGCCUCUUCGCCCUACAGGGGUUCCUCAAAUCCCGGGAGCGGGCGUACCACCGGUUUUACAGCCAGCUGCUGCGCACCCAGCUCUUCACCCAGUUCAUCGAGGACUGCUCCUUUGCCAGCGACCGAGACCCCUGCCUCGAGUUUUUCGACACCUGCGUGGAUAAGGUGCAGGCAGACCUGGAGAAGCCGGAGGACACCCCGCUGAUGGAGCUGGACCUGUGCCAGGCCAGGAGCAGUGCCCCCAGCAGCCCGGCCCCGCGCAGGACCAAGCAGGAGAUGAAGGUGGCCCAGCGCGUGGCCCAGAAGUACUCCUCGGUGCCCGACAUGUGGGCUAAGUGCCUGCUGGGGCACUGCUACGGGCUCUGGUUCCUCUACCUGCCCACCCACGUCCGCGCCGCCCCUGCCAAGCUGCGGGCGCUCCAGCUGGCGUACGAGGUCCUGCGCAAGAUGGAGGCUCACAAAGUGGUGCUGCCGGAUGAGGUCUGUUACCGCAUCCUGAUGCAGCUCUGCGGGCAGUACGGGGAGCCGGUGCUGUCGGUGCGGGUGCUGCUGGAGAUGAAGCGCGCCGGCAUCGUACCCAACACCAUCACCUACGGGGGGGGGGAGCCGGAGCUCUGCAACGGCUGCCCGGACGCGGCGGUGCCGCGGCGGUCAGAACGGGUGGCUUUCGCCUACCUGAGCCCGUUGGUGCUGCGGAAGGAGCUGGAAAGUUUGGUGGAGAACGAAGGCGGCGAGUUUUUGGCGCAGCCAGAGCUGGUGGACAGCCACCCCAUCAUCUACUGGAACCUCGUCUGGUACUUCCAGCGCCUGGGGCUGCCCAGCAACCUCCCCCGCCUGCUCCUGGGCUCCCAGCACGCGCAGCCCCCCGACUCCCCCUGCGUGCGCGUGCGGCUGCUUUGGGACGUCCUGGCCCCCGAGCCCGACAGCUGCCCCCCGCUUUACGUCCUCUGGCGGCUUCACAGUAACGUCCCCACCCGGCUGCGGUCCUGGCGGCCCCACGGCCACCCCUUCUCGCUGGCCUUCCUGGAGGCCGUGCUGAGCCACGUGGGGCUGAGCGAGGUGCACAAAGCCAUCGCGCUCUUCCUCGAGACGCUGGCAGCCCCGGGCGCCCCCCGACACCUGCAGAGGAGCAUCUACCGGGAAAUCCUCUUCCUCACGCUGGCGGCGCUGGGCAGGGACCACAUGGAUAUCGCCGCCUUCGACAAGAAAUACAAGUCGGCCUAUAACAAGCUGGCGGGGAGCCUGGGCAAGGAGGAGCUGCGGCGGCGGCGGGCGCAGCCCCCCAGCUCCAAAGCGAACCUCGCUGCUGUUGAAUAUGCAAACGCGCGGUGCUGUCGGUGGGGCGGCUGGUGCAUGCGCUCUCCCGGCGUGCCGGCUGCCGGAGCCCUGCGCUGGUGCCUUUUGGGCGCCUGCGUCAAAAUAGCAGCUCGUCCCUGCAACAAUUUCAACAAACCAGUGGCCGCGCGGAGGAAGGCGGCACUUCAGUGUCCGCGGCCGGAGUCUCCGCUCUCGAUUCAGAGGCACUGGUUUAAUGUAGCGCUGCGUGUGCGGUAG